AUGUCGUCAUCUUCGUCUGAUGAAAAUGAUGAAAUCGAGGAGAGAUUGGAUGAUAUUAUCGAAGAUUUCAUUGACGAAAUUUACGACGAUAUAGUGGAGGCCGAACCCAUACCGCAAAGGACCCGUAGUUAUACUGAACGACACCGCGAAGGAGGACAGCACCAGCUAAGCAAUGACUACUUCAACGACGACCAUUCGAUAUAUUCGAUACAAACUUUCAGACGCCGAUUCCGCAUGAAUAAGGGAUUAUUCAUACGUAUUGUCGAUGGCCUUGAACAAUUCUUUCCAUUCUUUCAGCAAAGAAAAGAUGCAACGGGUAGGUGGGGUCUUACUGCACUACAAAAAUGUACGGCAGCAAUUUGUCUACUUGCUUAUGGAAAUUCGGCUGACACGGUUGACGAAUAUCUCCGACUUGGUGAGAGCACUGCACUUUCUUGUUUACAUCAUUUCACUGAUGGGAUAAUACAGUUAUUCGGAUAUGAGUAUCUGCGACGACCCACAGCAGAGGAUCUUCAACGACUACUCGAUAUGGGAGAGAAACGAGGGUUUCCUGGGAUGGUCGGGAGCAUUGACUGUAUGCACUGGGAGUGGAAAAAUUGUCCAACCGCUUGGAAAGGACAGUACGCCCGUGGCCACGGAAAACCGACUAUUGUCCUAGAGGCCGUAGCUUCACAAGAUCUUUGGAUUUAG